GAAAACUUUAAUACAAAUUUAUAUAUUUUAAAGAGAGAUAUUAGUAAAGAUUUAAAAGGUGUUAGCAUAAAUUCUUCUAAAGAAUUAAAUAAUUUAAAAGAAAUUAAUUUGGAUUUUUCAGAAGAAUCUGAUUACAAUCAAGAGAACAAUAACAAUUUUUCUGAAGAAUUUAUUAGUAAUGACUCAUAUUCAGAACACUUGUUAACAAUAUUUUCAAAAUGA